AUGCGGGACCAGAUGUGGCCAGGCAUGUUGAAGAGAGGUGGAGCUUGGCUUGAUGUGCAUGACCACUCCUGUGGUUCAGCGAUGCUUGCGGUGUCGUGGUGGCUUGCGGAGGUUGUCCCGAAGCAGCUUGCCAGCACGCCGAGAAAUGGAUCGAUAUCGUUCGAGGUCAUCACAGGCUGGGGGAAAUCCCGCAUGCCCUGGCAAACUGCUGGCUCCGACCUCCAGGUUUCAGUGCACAGACUCUUGGAUGCACGCGCUAUUCCGUGCAAGAUCCAUCCUCAGAAUCGUGGGCGUUUACAGCUCGAUCUUCGAGGAAUCGACCUGGGCCAGCUUCGUGCGAUGUACUCAUCCUCGUCUCAGUGCUGUCAGGGAUUGGAUCGGGAGCUCCAGGCGCACCUGGCGGAUAUCUUGCUGAUCAGUCUCUUGGACCAGUCGGUCGAGGUGCGGCUGCUGGCCCUGCGUCAUCUGGCGCCCAUGGGCCCCGACUCCCCUCGCGUGCGCGGCGUUGCAGACCGACUGCGUGACAAGCAGCCGGCGGUGAAGGAGUUGGCCGCCGAGGUCCUACAGACAUGGAAUCGGGAGCCGCGAUGUCAGCCGCGAGCGUACAACUCCAGAGGGGACAAGUACAUGCUUGAAGCGGAGCUCAUGGAGUUCACCACCUGA